AUGAAUGCCUCGUCUCAUUUGAAAGGCUCGCUAUUGGCUGAAGCCUUGAACCUUAAUGACAGAGUCGUUUACGUGACUCAGCAUGGGGCAGCUGAGGUCGGCAGUGUUCGCUGGAUCGGAAAGUUGCCGGAAAACGGAAAUGCGCUGAGAACUUGGGUUGGAGUCGAGUUUGACAACCCAGUAGGACAAGACAGCGCCUGGUCCGACGGGAAAAUUCUUUUCACGGCAAGGCCCGAACGAGCGGGACUGGUGCGCAUAGAAGAGCUGGUGAAGAGCGAAGAUUUCUUUUGCCUCACGGAAACCAAUGACCCUGGAAUUGGGCCAGAUGCUGUGUACGGAUCAGACUGCGACUCCAUCAACGUUGGCUUUCGUGGCAAUGGAUCCUCGGACUUGAUAUCAUUCUUGUCGUGCAGCGGGCUGGAGUCAUCGGGGGAGGAUUCAGGUCAGCAGUCCAGGGUUUCAGCUCCAGCUGCUUCCAGGUGUGGGACAGGAGUUGCCAAGUGUUCAGUAAAAGCAGGUGGUAUGAGGAAGGACGGGAAAUCCCCAGUGGAAGAGCACCCCCGAGUGAGGACCGGGAUCCUGCGGAGAAAUGCUACUUUGCCUUCGCAGAAUGAAGAUGUGGGUGCAUCAACGGCAGACAUGUCUCUUCCGGAUUCACCUGAACAGUCUUUGCUGCCGGCAACGCUGCCGUGUGGUGCCACCAGGCAUGGAGACAUCAUGGAAGUUGGCAGUCUCGUCGAGGUUUUUGGCUGGUUCAAAGACGUCUUCUACGGGGUUAUCCGCUGGAUAGGCUACAUUGAUGACCAGGACCUCGAGGGACAGCUGAUGACAGGGCUUGAAAUGGAAGAGGAAGACGAACGUUUCUCUGACGGAGUUUUCAACGGGAAACGAUACUUUUAUUGCGGGCCUCAACGAGCGCUGUUCCUGCCACUUGCCAAGUGCCAGCGGGACCGAAGAUUCUCGUCCAGCUCAUCUCCAAGGCCGAGCACCAGUCUGAAUCUGGAGGCUGACUGCGUGGUUCCAGGGAUUGUAGCUCCGUGUCAAACGUCAGACAGACUCUGUGGUCCGUAUCGCGGCAUCCAGGGACACCUGAAUUCGUGUUAUCUUGACGCAACGCUUUUUGCCAUGUUUACUUAUUCCUGUGUGUUUGAUUCUGUGCUGUACCGUCCACCAAAGGCAUGUGAUAUCGAGGAGUACAGCGAGUUGCAGGCCAUCUUGCGGGAGGAGAUUGUGAACCCGUUGCGGAAAUUCUGUUAUGUGAAAGCGAAUCAUGUGAUGAGGCUCAGGUGUCUAUUGGAUCGAUGUAGUCGCGUUGAGGGUCUUGUUUCCGAGGAAAAAGGUACAUUUUAGUUCGUCAAACAUUGAAAAAUCAUACAUU